UCUGCGGACACAAAAGCCUGAUGGUGCUGCCACGAGUGUCAGAAAACAACAGAGACGCUGGAGGAGCAGCUUUGUGUCUGAGCUAAAAGCCAUGAGGAGAGCAGAGCAGCUGUGAGGAGACGUGGGACACAAAAGAGUUUAGCAUCAACUUUGGACUGACAGAAGGGUUGUACCUGUGAAGGGAGAGAAGAGGAGAGGCUUUGGUAGUGCACAUCCAGGAGAUAAACUACAUCAAUGAAGACACCUGGCAUGGCGGUAUUCAAGCAACAGAAUGUGGAUGAUUUCUAUGAAAUUGGCGAUCCUCUGGGAAGUGGGCAGUUUGCAAUCGUCAAACGCUGUAUAGAGAAGAGUACAGGCGUUGAAUAUGCAGCCAAGUUCAUCAAGAAGCGGCAGAGUCGGGCCAGCAGACGUGGUGUAAAAAAAGAGGAGAUUGAGAGGGAAGUGGACAUCCUGCAGCAGAUCCAGCACCCCAACAUUGUAGCGCUACAUGACGUGUUCGAGAACCGAACAGAUGUGGUGCUCAUCCUUGAACUAGUUUCUGGUGGAGAGCUGUUCGAUUUCUUGGCUCAGAAGGAGUCUCUCAGUGAGGAGGAGGCCACUCAGUUUAUCAAACAGAUCCUACAUGGAGUCCAAUAUCUCCACUCCAAGAGAAUCAUACAUUUUGAUCUGAAGCCUGAAAACAUUAUGCUGCUGGACAGUAACGUUUCCCUGCCCCGCAUCAAACUCAUAGACUUUGGACUGGCACACAAAAUAGAAGCUGGGGAGGAUUUUAAAAACAUUUUUGGCACUCCUGAAUUUGUUGCUCCAGAGAUAGUCAACUAUGAGCAGCUGGGACUGGAGGCAGAUAUGUGGAGCAUUGGAGUCAUCACAUAUAUACUUUUGAGCGGCGCGUCACCUUUCCUCGGUGACUCAAAGCAGGAAACGCUGGCAAACAUCUCUGCCUUGAACUACCAAUUUGACGAGGAGCUCUUUAACAACACGAGUGAGCUGGCCAAGAGCUUCAUCAGAGAGCUUCUUGAGAAAGAUACAAGAAAACGGAUGACCAUUGAAGACGCCCUCAACCAUCACUGGAUAAAGCCUCUGAAUCCCAGACAGGCCAUGGUGAAAAGGUUGUCGGUGGUCAACUUGGAGAAUUUUAGGAGGCAAUACGCGAGGCGCAGGUGGAAGCUGUCAUUCAGAAUUGUUGCUCUGUGCAACCACUUAACAAGAAUCAUGAAGAAGAACCACAAGCUGUCUGAACAGGACGGGAGGGAUUGUGAAAGUGACCAAGAAGAAGACGAAAUCAUAAAGAGGAGACCGAGGACCAGAAAGAGAAGCAGCACUUCCUGAGAACCCCACAAGCGUCAAAGUUUGUCAGCCAAUGAAGCUGUGGUUGCAAAACAGUGACUCUGCCAUUUUGAGACACACUUUUCAGCUCUUACUUCUCAUCAAGAAUCUUCAGCCUGUCUCUGUGAUCGUUGCAAACAGUGAUCUUAUCAGUGGUCAAACCAGCAGAUUGUCUACCUACAAUUAAACUUUGAGCUACUUCUGUCUGUCAGAAGAAGACAAUUUACUGGAUUGUUGUUUACAGGAACUGGGAAACCAGUUAGCAUGAACACAAGCACGGCAGCUUCCUCUGAUAACUACAGCCUUAAAAGUCUCUCAGCUGUUGUUCAGUCCUCACGAGAGGAGUCCUGUCCAAAACAAUAACAGCAUUGAAAUGAGUUACAUGAAGCCAUAACAUUUUACUGUAUUAACUUCAGGAUAUUUUGUCAUUUUACUGCUAUUUACUUACAAUGAGACCAUGAUUGCAUUUCAUCUUACGUAUAGAUAAAGACAGUUAAUAAAUAUGAUAUAUACUAUAGACAUAAAAUAAACUUUACAGGUGACAUCUUUAAAGCAUUUUGACCCCGAUGUAUUCUGAUAUACUGUAUUAAUGUUGUAAAUAUGUAAGCAAAGUGUCUAUGUGAAUAUGUUUUAGCUCAUUAAAAGAAGCAAUUGCUCGUUUUAAAUACACAUAACAUGUUUUCUGAAAACUUGUAUGGAUUUUCAAUUGAAUGUUUAAUAAAUGAAUGAAUGUGUU